GAGCCAGUGGGUUUUAUAAUACUGCUUCUCCGUGCAUGUAAAUAGCCCCUCUGAUUGGCUGCCAAUCAUUUCGAGCCCUCUGAUUGGCUGAAGCGCCUGUCUGUAGGCUCUCUGUUCUUGCUUCGAGGACGCUGCAUGCUGUCUGUUGCACUUUGCCGUUUCCGGAACCUCUUGAUGUUCGUUCCGGGGCCAGGCUGCCUCUUGGGCAGGCAACAUGAGCUCGUUUCAGGGUCGCAUGAAAGAAUACCCAUCCAUAUCUAUCGACAGGUUUGACAAGGAGAACCUGUCUGCUAGAGCCUAUUUUCUGUCUCACUGCCACAAGGAUCACAUGAAAGGACUGCGUGGUCCCUUUUUGAAGCGAAGACUGCAGUGCAGCUUGAAAGUUUACCUGUAUUGUUCUCCUGUUACCAAGGAGUUACUUCUAACAAGUCCAAGAUACGCAUUUUGGGAAAAACGUAUAGUCGCUAUAGAGGUUGAUACUCCGACUCAGAUUUCUUUGGUUGAUGAAGUUACGGGUGAUAAAGAAGAGAUUUUGGUCACACUCCUACCUGCGGGUCACUGUCCAGGCUCUGUAAUGUUUUUAUUUCAAGGUUUAAACGGGACUGUUCUUUACACAGGGGACUUCAGGCUGGCAAAAGGGGAAGUGGCUCGCAUGGAGCUAUUACAUUCAGGAAACAGAGUCAAGGACAUUGACAGUAUUUACUUGGAUACAACAUUUUUUGAGCCAAAAUACUUCCAGAUCCCCAGUCGGGAAGAAUGUUUGAUUGGGAUUUUGGAGUUGGUGCGGAGCUGGAUAAAAAAGGGCCCAUAUCAUGUUGUUUGGCUUAACUGCAAAGCAGCUUAUGGAUAUGAAUAUUUAUUUACGAACCUCAGUGAAGAAUUUGGAGUAAAGGUUCACGUGAAUAAACUAGACAUGUUUAAGAACAUGCCGGAAAUCCUCUGCCAUAUAACAACUGACCGUCGGACUCAGAUUCACGCAUGUCGACAUCCAGUGAAUGAAGACAAUCUGCGAGGGAACUGGCUACCUUGUGGAAUGGUGUCCGGUGAUGGUGUCCCUCUUCGUGUCAUUAGGAUAAAACCAUCUACCAUGUGGUUUGGGGAGAGGACCAGGAACACUAAUGUGAUUGUAAGAACUGGAGAGAGUUCCUAUCGUGCUUGUUUUUCUUUCCAUUCAUCCUAUAGUGAGAUAAAAGAUUUUCUAAAUUACAUCCGGCCAAUGAACAUAUAUCCAAAUGUGAUUCCUGUAGGAAAAACAAGAGGAUUUCUAGAAGAAGUCUUAAGGCCAUUUUGCAGAGCCUUUUCUGAUAGUUCAAUAGUGGUGUAUAAACCACUGGGGAAUCUGAAGCGAGCAAGACACAUGGAGGUGCUGGAUACAGAAGACUGUGACGAUGAUGAUUUAUUUGAUGACUCCCCACUAACAAGCUUAAGGCACAAGAUUGCCAGAGACUGUAAGUGGGCAUCAGACAUAAAGCAGAGCUUCUGUCCUACCAGUCUAAAAGAAAGUGAAGUACCCAAAAGCCCUGAAGAACCAUCUGUUAAUUUUGCAAUAAAAGGAAACUAUGUGGACUGUGAGGAAUCAAAUGGGGAGGAGGAUGAUGAUGAUGAAGAGGAACAAGAAGCCAAUAAAGAUGCAAAAUCCACAACCACUUAUGAAAGCCCUGUUGUAUCAGUGAAAUUGUGUGAAAAGAUUGAAAUACAUGAUACUCAUUUAAAACAGGCAGCUCCUAAACCAGCAGAUGAAUAUGUGCCCCACUGGAGUACAUUCUUUCCUAAUUCUGGGAUCAGAGAUGUCUCGGACACAGAUGAAUGCAUUUCAGCUUCUGCAGAAUGCAAAGAUUUGCCUUCCCCAAAACUCUUUAGUGAUUCAGAUUCUGAUUCAACUCAUAUUUCUUCCGUAAACUCCUCCCAAUCCACCCAUAUAUCUGAACAGGGCAGUCAAGGAUGGGAUAGUCAAGCUGACACCUUUCUGCUCUCUUCUCAAGAAAAGAAGGCUACCGACUUGUACACGUUAAAGAACUAUUCAUGCUUUAUACCAAGUGCUGCAGUGUGUGUCAAAGACGUUUCUCAAGCUAAGGAAGUGGAAACUAGUGAUCAUAACAAUGAGGGAACGAACAGCACCGACUGCCCACUGACAGCUGCUGUAAACAAAGAAAAAUGCUAUCCACACAUUCACAUAGAAGACAAUAAUGCAAUAGUGAAGACAGACUCCCAGAGUUCCUCUGACUUUGAAAUCCCUUCUACACCCGGUGCUGAACAGCCCAAAUCUGAAAUGCUGCAGUAUUUAUACGAGCAGCUAGCCACAGGAGAACCUAUCAUACCAGAUAAGCAUGAAUAGCCAUACGUUUGUCUUUGUUCAGAAAGCUCAACGUACACCAUGGCUUGAAGCCAUGAAAACAGUGCUGCUAAUUUACAAUGACCAUGGAUAUAUUCAGGAGUUGUGUGUUACAUUAUUAUAUAUUCUUUUGUUUCAUACUGUCAAUGUGUUUUGGUAUUCUCAGCUUCAAACCUACAUUUCAGAUGCACAAGAUAAUGUAUGUCAUUGUUGUAUUUAUAAAAAAAAACGGGUAAACAUCUUUCAACAAUAAAAAAA